UUUGACGUUGACGGACGACGACCGACCGAUGAUCAGUCAUCAGUCAAAUCAAUAAUUUUCAAUAAAUAAAUUGAUACUACCUAUCUAGGUACCUAAUUAAAAAAAUAUUUUUUGCAAAGUCGGUGGGUUUUGAGUGAUAGUAAUAAUUUAUUUUAUUUUUGCGGUGCAAACUUUGAUUAUUUCUUUACAAUUAUGGAUGCUAUUGAAGUUAUCACUCAAGACUUUGUCAAUGUGCACAUAACAAAGUCAGAAACCGAAACAUCAGCGCCGGUUGAGAGGAGAUUCAAGAAGGGAAUCUCUAUCCUAGACUUCAAGACAAAACUGGAGUUGGUGACUGGGGGAAAUGCUGCCACAAUGAAGCUAAAGCUGUUUGAUUCCAAAAACAACUUUGUCUGUGACAUAGACAACAAUGAUGCUCUUUUGGGUUCUUAUCCCAUUGAUGACGGCAUGAGGAUCCAUGUUAUUGACAAGUUUGCACUUGUUAGAGACUUUGACGGGUCAGAUAGUGCUGAAAGAUUCCGGCUAUCAGAGGAAGAGUAUGAGAAGAAGGGCGACACACUGCGAGCAUUCUUACAGCGCAACCGACUGGGCAAGUACAAUGAGGAGGAGAUGACCAAGCUCCGAGAGCAGCAGCAGAAGGAGCUUGAGGAAGAAGCCAGACUAGCGGAGGCCGUGUUGGUGGGCGCGCGCUGCGAGGUGCGCGUGCCGCAGCUGGGCGCGCGGCGCGCGGUGGUGCGCUACAACGGGCCGCUGGACGGCGCCAAGGGGCUCUGGAUCGGCGUGCAGUACGACGAGCCCCGGGGCAAGAAUGAUGGCUCUGUAAACGGCAAACGCUACUUCACCUGCCCUCCAAAAUAUGGAGGCUUCGUCAAACCCGUUUACGUCACAGUAGGGGACUUCCCCGAAGAGGAGUGCAAUUUGGACGACGAGAUAUGAUCGUUUUAACACAAGACUCCUUUUUACCGCCUAAAGCCUAUGCUUGAGUAACGUGGGAUGAUUUCAUAGACACGAAAAAAGUCAUUUUUACUAGCUUUUAUUUAAAUUGCAAUGUAUACAUAUAACUAUGUUCCGGUGAACAUUUGGUGGAUUCAGUGGACCCAGGAUCGACUCCUGACGAGGGAACACCUCAACGGUGAUUUUUUUUUUGUCACGUGUUUGAACUGAUGACGUUAAAAGCUUGUGUUAAAAAUGACAUUUUUGUAUAAACAUAUUUCUAUUUAGUUACGGAUUUUUAUAACAAUUUUUUAUAAGAAUUUGUCAAAAUCAUGAGCUUAUACAGUUGCCAUUUUUAAUAUAUUUUUAUUGUUUGCUUAGUUUUAAAGUUGGCAACUUUCUUUAAAGGUUCCCAUAGCAUCCCAAAGGGUACAUAGCAUUUUCGAAAACUUAAGUAUAUUAAAUAAAAAGUAGCAAAAUGAAAAUUUAAUGAAACUGUUACACUUUCGUUUGAGUAUCAUUAAAAUGUUACUAAAUAUUUUUCCUUUUGAGAUAUGGCCCUAAUAAAGGAGGUAACAAAUGUUAGGUACAUUUUAGUAACUGCAUUAAGAAAUUGUUUAAUACAAGAAUUUGCCAUAUAUGACGAGAAAAGGAUGCAGCUAUACAACGGAGAAAGUAAAAACAACAUUUGUGUAUUCAAAUUUUUAAAGAUUUUUAAAAUGUUAAUGUCAUCCUGUGAUACUAUUUUUGCGCUGGCUCAAUAUAUUAAUAAUUUAGUUUAGGCUAACUGUACACUAUUUUAAGGCUUUAUCGCUUUUAUUUGUACGUAUUUUUGCAAUCAUGGAAAAUUAAAAUGUGCAUAUUGAUGAUUGCAUGCCAUUUAAUUGUUCAAAUCUAUCAAAUUUUCAACCUUGUGUCUUGAGAAUAAGAUUCACAAUGAUACAUUGCUAAGGAUUUCUAGAGCAAAAUAUCUGCAUUAGACCCAUGAUGAUAAUGAAUUACUAAUAUUACUGUUAUUUCAAAUUAAUAUGAACAAAACACUCUUGAUAUAAUAAUAUUAAAAGAUUUAUUUCAAGACCAAGUCAAGACAUAGUUUGUCUUAAAAAAAUAAUGCUUACAAUAUUUAUGGAAAACAUGACAAAUGAUAACUUGGUGAAUGAAGUCUGAUUUGCGGGUAAACAGUUUUCUCUCUGUGGCUCAAAAAAAUAUCUUUGGCUUUCAUUCUUGUGAUUUUAUCAUUACAUAUUUUUAUGAAUAUUUAGUAGAUGGGUGCUGUGGAGUAUAUAAUGACCAUGUAGUUUUAUCAUGAUCUCAAAUUCUGUCGUUUUUUUGACUAGUGAUAUUGAAAAAAAAACAAAUAUAAAAGAAAUAAAAUACCUCUUACUGGUAAUAUUGCAUAUUGUUUGCAUUUUUUUAGAUACCUAUAUUUUCAACGGAAUUUGAAAUUGUGCUUAUUUGGACAUUCCACGAUUUUAUAAAAUUUGUUCGCGCAAUAUGGUCUACACGCUUUUAUAAUGUAACCUAACAGGUUGUAAAAUUCAAUUUGUAUUUUAAUAAAGAUCUUAAUUAUGCAAUA